CAAGUAUGGCGGACUGCGCUAAACAAAGCGAAGUUGACACUGGAGACGGUAACGGGACAGACGUAGCGAAACACCCUGCUAAAAAACAGAAAAUCGAGGCUGGGGAUGGAGACGUGUGUGAAGUCUCGGGUUUCGAGGUCAAAAAGGUCCUGCGGGAUUGCGCGAGGGAGAAAACGAUGUUCCUCCAGGGGAAGAUAGCGGAGAAGGAGGCUGUGGUCAUCCUGGAGAAGACGCCCAUCCAUGUGGACACGCUGAACGAGCUCUUCAGGGAGUCUCAGCUUACGAUGGAGUCCAACAAUGACAUCUACACUACGUAUUGCCUGCAGCCCCCAGCACAUCUCAAUGUGAUCAAGACCACUGUGGUUUGCCCGGCCACUGAGAAGCACGUGAGGAAGUACCAGGAACAGGAGACAGUGCUCGUGGAGGAGACGGCCGAGGACUACCGUACCAUCACCCUGCCCUUCCUGGAAAGCCAGAGCUUCAGCCUGCAGUGGGUCUAUAACAUACUGGAGAAGAAGGCUGAAGUGGAGCAGGUUGUUUACGAGGAUCCUGACCCGAAGCUCGGCUUCAUCCUGCUCCCAGACUUCAAGUGGGACCAGAAGCAGCUGGACGAUUUAUAUCUGAUCGCCAUCGUGCACCGGCGGGACAUCAAAAGUCUUAGAGACUUGACAUCGGACCACCUCCCAUUGCUACGCAACAUUCAAAAAAAGGGAAAGGACGCUGUCCGCGAGCGCUACGGAAUUAAGGGUGACAAGCUGCGCAUGUACGUGCAUUACCAGCCGUCAUACUACCACUUCCACAUCCAUCUCAAUGCCUUGAAGUACAACGCCCCCGGCACUGGUGUGGACAGGGCCCAUCUGCUCUCCAAUGUCAUCCAGAACUUGGAGUGCGACCCACAGUACUACAAAACUCGCACCCUCACCUUUCCCUUGAGGGAGCUCGACGGACUGCUGUCGCACUUCAGGGAGCCCAAGGAUAGUGCCAAACUGUAGAUCACAAGACUUGUGGCUAUUUUUUCUAGACACUUCUGUAAACCUACUCUAGACAAUGGCAUCAAUUUGCUUUUUAGUCCUUCCAGACACCUUUUUUAAGAUUGGUUACGUUACUUGGUUACAUCCUGUGUUUGUAAUAAAAUCCUUCAAGU